AUGUCCGAGUCUACGCCUCGUAAGCGCUCUCGUCUUGCCUGCACUUCGUGCCAGUCACGGAAGCGCAAAUGCUCAGGUGGACAGCCCUGCAGCACUUGCGCCCAAACUGGCGGGGAAUGUCAAUACAGUGCGCGUAAGAAACGCGCCAGAUCCCAUAGUCUGUACCGAGCGAGUCUGUCGCUCGACGAACGUCCAGAUGGCUGGCCCAAUUCCCUUCCAGACCCCAGCACCGCUAGCAGCGCAGCUCAGUCUUCUGCCAUUCACGGCGAUUCCGACGUGACCCAUUCCAUGGCUAACUCCGGGGCCGCGUUCGUUCGCAAACUCGGGUUACGAGUUGACCCUGCGCGUGCACCGCGAUUGCACUUGUUCGCGUGGAACGUGGGUGAGAGGCGUAUGGCGCCAACAGUAUCAUCGUCGCUCCCCUCAUUGGGUACUACGGCGUCCGCACCGACAACUAUCACCAAUAUCGUUUCACCGGACGAGAUGCGACGGCUAGCAACAAUCUACUUCGAGAAAGUCGACCUAUGCUAUGCUUUCCUGGAUCGCAAGAAAGUGUUUACUGGAAUCACAAAGCGUUGGGAAUCCUCACCAUCUCCCAUCGACACAGAACACCCAUACGAUGCCGUUCUAUGCGGCGUCGCAGCCUUCGGGUAUUUAUUCUCGCGGCGCGAGAUCAUAUCCCAGGAACUACGACUCAUUGAAACGGCACGCAACAUCUUAGACAAGAGCGUACUUGCUGCAGAAACACCAUCAGUCGACACAGUGACCGGCUGGGUUCUACGCGCCGCUUAUCUCCGCAUGACAGCUUCACCGCACGCAGCAUGGAUGGCCAGCUGCACCCUGAUGCAUCUCAUCGAAGCCGCAGGUCUGCACCUGCAAACCCCAGACCCAGAAACAGCAGGUCUCCUCCCGACCUCACCAGCUGAAACACACACCAGCUCAGACAGCACAGACACACAGUCACCCAGUGACCCAGAGACCCGCCGUCGACUCUUCGGCAUGGCUCGUCAUCUCAACACAUGGACCUCUUUCGAUCUAGGCCGCUCGCGGGUCAUCCUCCACGGCGCAACAGCCCUCUCCCAACCUUCGACGUCAACCCAAACCUCACUCCAUCCCCAUUCCCAAACCCAAACCCAAAUCCAAGCACCAGCACCAAACCAAACACGACGCAACCACCCCCGCGCCGACCUCUUCCACCUCCUCCCCCUAUCAGAAAGCCUAGACCCAACAAACACACCAGACCUCCAUACUGCCCUAAAACAAGUCCUCUCCCUAACAUACACAGAGCCAAGCCUAAUCCUAGUGCAAAGCAACUUAAUGCUCUGCAUCUACCGCCGACUCCGCGCCCAAUCCACCUCCCAAUCCCCAUCCCCAUCCCAAUCCACCUCCACCUCCACCUCCACAAUCCCCCCAAACCUCCUCUCAAAAAUCCUAACGCUAGCCUCCCGCAGCCUCCGCGCCGCAAGAGAAAUGGUAGCGCAAGCCUGUCCCUGGCACCAAGUCGCUAACGUCCCCUUCCAAGUCGUAUGCUCACUACUGGCAAUUGAUAACCGGCCCGCGUUAGCUUUGCUGGGUGAUGCUAUGCGCACGCUUAGGGAGGUUAUGGCUGCUUAUGAUACGGCUUCUAUGCGGGAGGCGUAUUCGACGGCUUAUUUGCUUGUUGCGUUGCAUCAGCGACGGAAGGAGGAUGAUACUAGGGCUCUGGCGGAGGUUUUGAGGGUUAAUGCUUCGGAUGUUGGGUGGGUUGAUGGGGAUGGGUUUGAGGGGGUGGUGGUGAUUGAGAGUUCGACUCAGAAUUCGACUCAGAAUUCGACUCAGAAUCAGAAUCAGAAUCAGAAUCAGAAUCAGGCGCUUGAUGAGUCUGUGGCGCCGGUUUCUGAUGCUGAGUUCUCGUGGCUGGGUGAUUUGAUGAUUGAUAUGCCUAGUUUGCAGAACUUCGAUCUGGAUCAAUUUCUCAUGACGGAUGUGCCGUGGCCGUUACCUGAGAUGGGGAUUUGA